CGUAGAGUCGUCAUCAGCUAGUUGCAAUAUACUGCCUGAGACCGUUACAGUUGAGAGCGCUGGUCUGAAGUGCCCCAAUCGUACCGAACCAUUCAAACGCGCGUAGCUACGUACCCAGAGAAAUGGACCCACAAAAAACUACCCCCCAGGAUGAUGGCGUCCUGCUUUGUUGUUAUACGGCAUCCGGUGAAGACGCCUGCAUAUGCCGCGAAUGCGGCGCACCAGCUCUUCCGCUGCAAGAACUGGAAGCCGAUACAUAUUGGAUCCAGGGAGAAAGCGAUUUUAAUUGUAUUUUUUGUCACUCUGUCAUUACAAUCUCUGUUGUACCCUAAGCCUAUAGCAGACGCCCAUCUCAUAGCGUUAUUCGUUGCUUAUACCUUUCACCGAGCAGAUCCCAAGCUGGUCAAAUCGCGCUCCGACAGCGGUUGACCUCGUGCCCAAUGAAGAGCCAUAACGACAUAUUUAGUGUAAAAAGCCCUGACCU